AUGACGGAAAAAAGCAAAAGACAGCUGGAAGUAGUAGAAAUGGACUAUCUCCGAAGGGCGUGUCGGAUAUCCAAACUAGAACAUAUCCCAAAUACAGAAAUCCGUAGAAAGACUGGAAGAAUUUACAACACGGUAGAUACAGUAGAAUCGAAACAACUUUUAUGGUACGGCCACGUAAUGAGAAUGGGAGAUGAACGAUGGCCAAAACGAGCUAUACAGUAUGUACCAGGGAACAAAAGAAGAAGAGGUAGACCAACACUAGAAUGGAGAGAAGGUAUCCGGAAAAUAAUGGAAGACAGAGCCAUUGAAGAGGAAGAAUGGACAGACCGAAAGAGGUGGAGGUCGAAAUGCGGGAUGCGGCAGAAGCUGUAG